UUCCGGUAUUUGUUUAGACAUUUGUCCUCUGGACUAAGAAGAAAUCCUGCUCCGGUUCUCUAACGUAGAAAAACAAGGCUCGUAAAAGUUGUGAACUACGACCAGAAGGAGUCUUGGAGGUGUACACCUGCUUACAGUUGGCAGGGAUGGUGGGCCAGCAGAAGGAGGCGUGGGGGCAGUCGGAACAGCCGCAGCAACUCUUGCAGUCGGAGCAGAGGGAGGGAGUGUCACAGCCGGAACAGCCCGGGCUCGCAGAUGGUGCAGGGAGCGAAGCGCCGCCGACAGACUGCACAGCUGCUUGUUGUCAUGGAGGAGCAAAGAUGGCGGUCCUGGCCUAUAGCCUGGGCAAACGCGAAAUAAAUCAACAUUUCACCGUGAAAAAUGCCAAACUGAUAUCGCUGGUGGUAGUUAUUUUCCUCCUCGUGUUCCACACGGCUUCGAGGUAUUAUGGAGGCGGAGACUCAUGUGAAUGGCUGCUGUCCAGAGGACGCUUCUUGGGCGAGAACGUAUGGCAGCCUUAUGGCUGCAUGAUGCACAAAUACAAAAGCAAUGAAGCCAAAACCUGCCUCGCUGAAAAGCGAGUGGUCUUUCUUGGUGAUUCACGAAUCCGGCAGCUUUUUUACGGCUUCAUUAAAAUUAUGGACCCUUCACGAAGCGAGGACGGAAUUAAGCACGAGGACAUUUCCUUUGAAGAAAAGAGUAUCUCAGUUAACGUGGACUUUCUGUGGCACCCAGAGGCCAAUAAUUCAAUGAAGGAGCGGCUGAUGUCAUUGCCACGGGAGGCUUCCACAAAGCCUUACGUUAUCGUCCUUGGAGCUGCUACAUGGUCGAUAAAGUUGCACGGUGGCAGCAUCGAGACCCUUCAGCAGUACAAAGUCAACCUGACAAGCAUCGCUGUGCACCUGGAGAGGCUCGCUGACUACGGAGAGGUCUACUGGGUCCUGCAAGACCCUGUGAAAGAGGAGGCGUUGAGUGAGCCAAGGAAGAUGAUCACCAACCAGCAGCUGCAGCUGUACAAUGAGGCGGCAGCGGACGUGCUCAAUAGCAGCAAGCGCAACGGUCGAUCUCGGGUCAAGCUGCUGGCUGCGUCCCGGCAGGCUGCGCUGGAGACAAUCAGCCAGUCAGAAGAUGGUUUGCACCUGCCUGAGAGCACUCGGGAUGUGGGAGCGAUGAUCCUCAUGAACUCUGUGUGUAACAAGCUACUGAGGCCCAUCGACGGCUCCUGCUGUCAGACAUUGCCCCCUCCUAACGUCCUCCAGAAACUGUCGGCAUGUUUCUUCCUGAGUUCGGCCGUGGUCUUCCUGGUCCUUCACGCCCUUGGCAACAAUCGUCACCGCCGUCAUGUGCCCCCCGACGUGGAGAGCCUGGAGGAAAGGAAGCCAGCCAGCGCAGCUGCCCCCCUCGGCCUGAAGGCCCCCUUCCAGGCCCUCUGCAGGAUGGGCAUCAUCAUGGGCUAUUUUUACCUCUGUGACCGAGCAGAUGUGUUCAUGAAGGAACAGAAGUUUUACACACACUCCACCUUCUUUAUUCCUCUCAUCUACAUAUUUGUUCUGGGAGUGUUUUACAAUGAGAACACCAAGGAGACCAAACUGCUUAACCGAGAACAAACAGAUGAGUGGAAAGGCUGGAUGCAGCUGGUCAUUCUCAUCUACCACAUAUCUGGAGCCAGUGCUUUCAUUCCAGUGUACAUGCACGUGCGUGUACUGGUGGCAGCGUACCUAUUUCAAACCGGCUACGGACACUUUUCCUUUUUUUGGCUCAAAGGAGACUUUGGACUCAAUAGAGUUUGUCAGGUACUUUUUCGUCUCAACUUCCUGGUGCUGGUGCUUUGUGUCGUGAUGGACAGGCCGUACCAGUUCUAUUACUUUGUUCCAUUGGUUACCUUCUGGUUUGUCGUCAUAUAUGCCACAAUGGCCCUGUGGCCUCAGAUCCUCCAGAAGAAGGCCAACAACAGUGGCAUGUGGCAUCUGGGGAUUCUGGCCAAGUUACUGGUCCUCCUGUUGUUCAUCUGCGUUUUUGCCUUCUCACAGGGUGUUUUUGAAAGCAUCUUCUCCGUGUGGCCCAUCUCCCAGCUCUUCGAGCUGAACGGGAGCGUCCACGAGUGGUGGUUCAGAUGGAAGCUGGAUCGAUUUGCGGUGAUCCACGGGAUGCUGUUCGCCUUCAUCUAUCUGGUACUGCAGAAGUGUCAGGUGCUGUCGGAGGGCAAAGGAGAGGCUCUCUUCUCCGCCAAGAUUUCCAACCUGCUCCUCUUCCUGUCCGUGGUCUCGUUCAUAACUUACUCGAUAUGGGCCAGCAGCUGCAAAACCAAAAGCGAGUGCAACGAGACGCAUCCAUACAUCUCUGUGGUCCAGAUUUUGGCCUUCAUUCUAAUCAGGAACAUUCCUGGCUACGCCCGCUCUAUAUAUAGCUCAUUCUUUGCAUGGUUUGGAAAGAUUUCCUUGGAGCUGUUCAUCUGUCAGUACCACAUCUGGCUGGCAGCAGACACGAAGGGCAUUUUGGUCCUGAUCCCGGGAAACCCAUCGCUCAACAUCUUGGUCAGCACCUUCAUCUUCGUCUGCGUCGCUCACGAGGUUUCCCUCAUCACCAACGACCUGGCCCAGGUGGUCAUCCCCAAAGACAGCAUGACCCUGCUGAAGAGGCUGGCCGCCGUCGGGCUGCUCAGUCUGGCCGUGCUGCUUUUAGCAAGGGAUAGCCAGGUCAGGCCCGGCGCUUGACGGACCCUUCACGGCGCGAAGGAGAAGGGGGGAGGGGCCUAACGAGACUCGCAAACUAGAGGGAUGCAAUCCAGGAGCAGGCCCCCCUGUUUGUGGCCAAGCGAGGCGACGUAGGAGGAGAUCUGUAGACGGACAGUGUCUUACCGGCCACACAGGAGCCGCGUUCCAACUCUGAGACAGCUGUGAAAGUCACAAAGUCACACACUGAAGAAAAAAAAACACACGCCUGGAAAGGAGGACUAUCCUUCCUUUGAGGGGGAAAGUGCAAGCUGAAAUAACGAAUGGGGGAAGCCCCCCCCCCCAUCACGUUUACAUCGACUGGUCUGUGGAUUUGAAAACACACCCGUAAACAAAACGGACCUCAUCUCACAACGCCGCGCUUGCUUUGUGAAUUCUUGCAACGUCGCUUCCAUUUGGCCAAACACACUAAUAUUGAGGUUUCUUAGUGUCAUCGCGUCACUCUGGGAGGGAUCACUGGGCACACACUCCGUCCACACACACACACACACACACACACACACACACACACACACAAACGGCAGUAGCAGCUGAAGGCGAUUUGGCUCAGGUACAUCCACAGCCCACAUAUUCAGAUAUCUACUCUUCAACAGUUAAGUUAAAAAUCGUGCCGCAUUUUACUCUCAUCAUGGCUUUGUACAGUUUCUCUGCGGACUCGGAAGUAGGUUAGAUAUCUAAAUAUGCAACGCGUGGACCAACAAAACUGACUUGAUUGAUCAAAAAAAAAAAAAAGUGUGGCGGCGAAAGUAAAAUAACAAAAAAUUGGAGUGCAAUUCAGAAAUGUUGGACAAUGUUUUGACAUAUUUUUGCUAAUGUUUUUUUUGUGAGUAAUUUUAGAAAUGUUCGCCUUGUUGAAAGGCUCUGUGGUCACCUGCUGUAGCUCGGAUACUCUGUGAUAUGUACAGUAUUUAAUGAUUUAAAUUAAGCUUCUAUUUUAUACUUUUGGGUUGUUGUUUUUUUUUUUUUUUUUGUACUUUGCGCCCAUGACUGCUGUUUGUGAAGGAAGUAUUACAAAGAUGAUUUUAUACUCAUCAAUUAAUCUCAUAGAUGAAGAUGAUGACCUGAUGAUGGGGGUUUUUACACUAAUCUGUCCUGUGAGCAGCUCGCUCGUCGUUCUGUGUGUGAGAGGGUGACUGGUUUGUUUUACACAGCAAAGCUUCGGUUCAGGCCUUUUCUGUUGCGGGAGCACAGAGUUGCACACACUCCUCUUAUAUUGGACUAAUCCACACAAUCCAAGUGAUUCUCUUAGACUCAUUGCCUUCAACUUGUACAGCUCUCGCCAGUGGCUUAUACUCUCCAUACGAGCUCGGAUAUACCGAGUCACGUCUGCGAUGUCUGGGGUCUCGCUCUUCAGUCCGCAGGGUUAGAAACCACUCGGCGGAUGCACUGAUUCAGCACAACUGUUGCUCGCAAGCUAAUAUUGUACAUUUUGUUAACUUGGAAAAAACGGGCAGCCGCUCAUCGCUUGUUUAUCCUCACAGAUAUUUAGAAAAGAGCACUUUUAUUUCGAGAUCUCUAUGUCCAAGUACAAUAUCUAAUGGGUUUCAGACACUACCGGUGGAGAUCUUGAAUACACUUCAGCACAAAUACUAAAACAUCGCGAUGCGUGAGAUUAAAGUUGCAUUAAGUCUCAGUUUGGAAUUGCACAUUUCAGCUACAGGCGUGUGGAAGAUCGCGACGUUUGUCACUCCGUUCAUUUGUGCAGCUUUUUUUUUUUUGUUUACCGGGAAGGGUGUGGCUCCACUUGGCUGUUCCUCGUCACACUGGUGUGCAGAUUGUGCAGCUGCCUGUGUCGUUUAUCUGACGGUGUGGCUUCAGGUCACGUUCUCAGACUCUCAGAGAACCGGUUAAAUUCAGACUACCAGGCAGAACCAACACGUGGCCAUUUGUGUUGCUGUGUGAAGUUUACUUGUUUGUUUUUUUUUCUCAUCUAUUACAACACGCAUAUGGUGAAAUUGGUAAUCGUUUCAGGCCUUAAUUGAUCUUUUCGGUCGCGUAAAAGCAACAACUAUUUAUACUCCCCGUGCAGGAACCUCUUUGAAAUAUGUUACAUGUAAUUUUUUUUGUGAUGUCUUAAAAGAAAUGUAUCCAUAUUAUUUAUAAAUGCCUUUAUUCUGUUCAACAUUGUUAAUAAUACCUUC